GCUUCCUUCCCAUACCGGAAAUGACGGCAUCAAACUGCUGCCAUCAAAACAGGCUGAGUUGAAAGCAAGACAAUCUAAACCAUCUUUGGUCAAAAGGUACUCUAAAGUCCUGCCAUUGACUGCAUUGUCGUUGUUGCCACACGAGCAGGACAAUAUGAAUCCGCUCAGUUCAGAGAAGGAAACGUUGAUUGAUGAAAUUGAACAGAGUUUAUUCACUUUAACCGUGGACAAUUUACGUUACCUGUGUGAACGUCAUGGCAAAGAUGGAUCGGAAAUUAAAGGGAUGAAUCAUCGCUUAUUAAGACGUAAAAUCAUGGAGGAAAUGUGGGACAAUACAGAGUCAAUGAAAUCAGAGGAGCAGGGAAUGUCUUGGUUAGUCCAACUGAAAGACGACAUCAGAAGGAUACUGGAGGAUGCUAGUGGUGCACCAAUGAGUCCCAGCCAGUCCGAUGAUGCUGUAGACUGUGACGAAGAAUGCGACAAGGAGGACAGCGAUUGGUUGCCUAGCAAUGGACUGAAGGCGGAACACUUGAGUUCCAGCCAAUCCGAUGAUGACGCUGCAGACUGCGAUGAAGAAUUGGACAUGGAGGACAAGUAUUGGUUGGCUAGCGAUGGGCUGGAGGCAGAGGCAGAUCCGGAGAGGCACACUCCAGAGCAGAGAAACAAGCUUCCCACGUCACCCUCCGCCCUCCCGAAGUCCCCUGGUCGUGCCUCUCCCAGUAGCGUAUUACUGCUGGGUCUGAAGAGGGUGUCCGUGCGGCUGGUCGACUGCAGGAAAAUACUGGGGCAGAGUGGCCAUAUACUACACAAGACCGCUCAGACAGGAGAGAAUCCUCACAGCUCGUCUGCUGAACAACGCAAUGAAACCCUCUCAGGAGACAGUCCAAGCUCCCAUAUCUGUGAUCAUUGUGGGAAGAAUUUUAUCACAGCAAGAAGUCUACAACUACACAUACAGAACCUGAAGAGAUUCAGAGAGAACUUGACUGGAGAGAAACCACACGUGUGCUCUACAUGCGGAAAGGGAUUCAGUGAGACUGGAAGUCUAAAGAGACACCUGAGAACUCAUACUGGGGAGAAACCGUAUGUCUGCCAUCAUUGUGGGAAGGCUUGGAGUGAUUCUGGAAACUUAAGGAGACACAUGAAAAAAACUCACCCAGGAGAGAAGGUCAUUGUGAAGAGCGUCCUUACAGGAGAGAAACCUUACCAUUGCUCCUCUGACGACUGUGGGAUGAGCUUCGGUACCUCACGCAAACGCAGAGUACACCAGAGAAAACACACAAGAGAGAAGCUUCGCAGCACGCCUAAUGCUAAGCAACGUAAGGAACCCCUCUCAGGAGAUGGCUCCCAUAUCUGUGAUCAUUGUGGGAAGAGUUUUAUCACAGCACGAAGUCUAAAACGACACUUACAGUACCUGAAGAGAUACAGAGAGAACUUGACUGGAGAGAAACCACACGUGUGUUCUACAUGCGGAAAGGGAUUCAGUGAGGCCGGAAGUCUUAAGAGACACCUGAGAACUCAUACUGGGGAGAAACCGUAUGUUUGCCAUCAUUGUGGGAAGGACUACAAUGAUUCUGGAAACUUACAGAGACACAUCAGGACUCACACAGGUGAGAAACCUUACCACUGCUCGCAAUGUGGUAGGAAUUUUCGUGAAAAAAUAAGCCUUGUACAUCACCGGGAAGUUGUUCACACAGAACACCCUCACCGCUGUGCUCACUGUAUGAAGAGCUUCGUAAGUGCAUCGAAACUGGAAUCACACAUGCAAACCCGGCAUCCGCCAAAUGAUCCUCUGAAAAAACCACAUGUGUGCUCUGAAUGUGGAAGGGGAUUCAGUGAGGCCGGCAGUCUUAAAAGACACCUGAGAAUCCAUACUGGAGAGAAACCAUACGUCUGUCCUCGCUGCGGUAAGGAUUUUACUCAAUCUGGACUCUUACAGAGACACAUGAGAACUCACACGGGAGAGACACCUUACCACUGCUCGGUGUGCGGGAUGAAGUUUUGUCAUACAAUCUCGCUAAAGCAGCACCACCUGAAGAACCACAAGGGGGAGACGCUGGGUCCAGUCCGUAUGCACCAAGGCCCUCUUCCAUGCCCCCACUGUGGGGAGAAGUUCUCUACCAAGGCUCUUCUAAAGGAUCACCUGCAGAAGACCCACAAAAGCAGAGUCCACUGCCCACAGUGCGACAAGACUUUCUCCACUAAAGGUAGUUUACUAGUCCACCAGAGGAAACACACUGGAGAGAGGCCUUACCUUUGCCCUCAGUGUGGGAAGAGUUUCUCCCUGACAGGGAGUUUAAAACUUCAUCUCCGGAUUCAUGCUGGUGAGAAGCCUUACCGCUGUACUUACUGUGACAAGAGCUUCACAAGUAAGAGCCACUGCACUCUUCAUCUGCGAAUCCACACUGGAGAGAAACCGUACCAAUGCCCUGACUGCGGGAGGAGGUUUCGUGACGGGAAUGUCUUGAAAAACCACCGGCGGACCCACACAGGAGAGAAACCGUUCCAGUGCCGCGUGUGUGAUAAAGCCUUUGCCCAGUGGAGCAGUCUGAAGAAACAUCAGGAGACACACAGGCAAACUCCGCCUGUCUCUGUCCCAAGACUCCCUAAUCCCUACCUAUCACACAAUCAGCAUGUCCCUUAUCCCUACCCACAUCAGACUCCAUGGUAACCUGGUUUAUCACCUGUCCAAUCCCUUAUAGAGGGAUUCCUUACGAUACCCAGACAGAAAAAUACCAUCAUUUGGGGGAAAUUCACAAAAUAUAAUCCAUAGAAUUAACACCUUCCUAAUAUGGAGUUGCACCCCAUUUUGCCCUCAGAACAUCCUCAGUUCGUUGGGGCAUGGACUCUACAAGGUGUUGAAAGCGUUCCACAGGGAUGCUGGUCCAUGUUGACUCCAAUGCUUCCCAGUUGUGUCCAGUUGGCUGCAUGUCCUUUGGGUGGUGGAACAUUCUUGAUACACUCAGGAAGCGGUUGAGCAUGACAAACCCAGAAGCGUUGCAGUUCUUGACAAUAGGUGUAGCCUGGCACCUAUUAACUACCAUACCCCGUUCAAAGACACUUCAAUAUUUUGUCUUGCCCAUUCACCAGUUGAAUGGCACACAUACAUGUCUCUAUUGUCUCAAGGCUUAAAAAUCCUUCUUUAACCCGUCUCCUCCCCUUCAUCUACACUGAUUUAAAGUGGCUUUAACAAGUGACAUCAACAAUGGAUCAUAGCUUUCACCUGGUCAGUCUGUCAUGGAUAGAGCGUUUAGUACACUGUGUAUAUUACAUUUUUUCCCCCCAAUCACAGCCAGAUGUGAUGCAGCCUGGAUUUGAACCAAGUACUGCAAUGACUCUUCUUGCACUGAGAUGCAGUGACCACUGAGCCACUCGGGAGCCCCUGAGGCCCCUGUUUCAUAAAAUGGGGUUAACUUUAAAACUAGGAGAGCUUCCACUCUGGAACUUUGAUAUGCUUAUAGAGUAUAUUAUGUACAACUAUAUAAAUAUAUAUAUACACUACGUUUCAACAGUUUGGGGUCACUUAGAAAUGUUCUUGUUUAAAAAAAAGAAAAGCACAUUAUUCGUCCAUUAAAAUAACAUCAAAUUGAUCAGAAAUACAGUGUAGACAUUGUUGAUGUUGUAAAUGACUGUUGUAGCUGGAAACUUUUUAAUUAAAGAUUUUUAAUGGAAUAUCUAGGUAGGCGUACAGAGGCCCAUUAUCAGCAACCAUCACUCUUGUGUUCCAAUGGCACUUCGUGUUACCUAAUACAAGUUUAUAAAAGGCUAAUUGAUCAUUAGAAAACCCUUUUGCAAUUAUGUUAGCACAGCUGAAAAUGGUUGUGCUUAUUAAAGAAGCAAUAAAACUGGCGUUCUUUAGACUAGUUGAGUAUCUGGAGCAUCAGCAUUUAUGGGUUUGAUUACAGGCUCAAAAUGACCAGAAACAAAGAACUUUCUUCUUAAACUCAUUCUUGUCUAUUCUUGUUCUGAGAAAUGAAGCUUAAUCCAUGUGAGAAAUUGCCAAGAAACUGAAGAUCUCGUAAAACGCUGUAUACUACUCCCUUCACAGAACAGCACAAACUGGCCCUAACCAGAAUAGAAAGAGGAGUGGGAGGCCCGAUGCACAACUGAGCAAGAGGACAAGUACCUUAGAGUGUCUAGUUUUAGAAACAGACGCCUCACAAGUCCUCAACUGGCAGCUUCAUUAAAUAGUACCCGCAAAACACCAGUCUCAACGUCAACAGUGAAGAGGCGACUCCGGGAUGCUGGCCUUCUAGGCAGAGUUCCUCUGUCCAGUGUCUGUGAUCUUUUGCCCAUCUUAAUCUUUUCUUUUUAUUGGCCAGUCUGAGAUAUGGCUUUUUCUUUGCAACUGCCUAGAAGGGCAGCCAAAAACAAGGACAUUUCUAAGUGACCCCAAACUUUUGAACGGUGGUGUGUGUAUAUAUAUAAAAAUUGCCAAAUCAUUAUUUCUUUAUUUUUUGCUUUGUAGCACUUACAGAUGAAACAUGGAGUUUUAAAUUAGGCCUGGGUAAGGCCAAAAUUGAAUAACUUUGAUCAGUUAUUUCUCAAUUAUGCUUUCAGAGAUGAAUCUCAAAUAUAUGUAAACAAUCCUUCCUCCAAAUGACCACUCUAUGAUUUACAUUUUGUUACAAUCCCCCAAACCCAUCCCACUGGGCACACACCGGUUCAAUAAACGUUGUUCCCACGUCAUUUCAAUGAAAAUUACAUUGAACCAACGUGGAAUAGAAUUAGAA